UUCAACAGAAUCCCAUUUGCUCACGAUCAAACUUUCAAUUCACAACAAGGAAACCAAAUUCUUCCAUUGGAAAAAGAAUUACUGGUUUUCUUGUUGUGAGAGCGGUUUUUCCAAAUCCCAGGGAAAACCGCUCUUAAAAAAUUUUCUUGGUUUUUUUCUUUCUUUCUUUCAUUAAAAGAAAAAAAAAAAAUUUCUUGUUAUGAAUUGGGUUUUGUUAUUGAUUUUCCGAGUAACCAAAGGAUCCUCCUUGUUGUUUCUACCCAUUUUGGUAGAACACAAAAUGGAUAGAAAUCAUCAAUGGAGAUGCCCUGUUCCAGGUGAAUGGGUGAGGGGAAAAUUGGUGGGUUCAGGUUCUUUUGGGACCAUCCAUAUGGCUUUGGCAAAAUCUACCGGAAGACUUUUCGUUGUGAAAUCUGCACAAUCUGGUAUUGGUGUUCAAGCUUUAGAAAACGAAGCCGAUAUCCUUGAGAGUUUGAAUUCCCCACACAUAGUCCAUUGCAUAGGAAAGGAAUUCUCAAUUGACAAAAAUGGUGAGCAACAAAAUUACAAUGUGUUCUUGGAGUACAUGGCAGGAGGAAACUUGUUGGAUGUGGUACACAUAUUUGGUGGGUCCCUAGAUGAGCAAGUUAUUAGACUUUACACCAAAGAAAUUCUUCUGGGUCUCAAAUAUCUUCAUGACAAUGGGAUUGUUCAUUGUGAUUUGAAAUGCAAAAAUGUGCUCCUGAGUUCCUCUGGAAAUGUCAAACUGGCAGAUUUUGGGAGCGCAAAGAGGAUGACCAAAAAAACCACCGAUGAUGAGGGAUUUGUGGACUCUUGGCAAAACAUUGUUGGAACACCCUUGUGGAUGGCACCAGAAGUUUUGAGGAAAAAAGAGUUAGAUUUAGCUUCGGAUAUUUGGUCACUGGGAUGCACGGUCAUUGAAAUGGCAACAGGAAACCCUCCCUGGGAUGUGGAAAUCACUUCCAAUCCAAUGGCUGCAAUUCUGAAGAUUGCUUGUGGAAAUGACAAACCUCAAUUUCCUACAAAGUUUUCGCAAGUGGGUUUGGAUUUCUUGGCCAAGUGUUUGGAAAGAGAUCCAAGAAAAAGGUGGAAGGCUGAAGAACUGCUUAACCAUCCGUUUGUUUCUGGGGAAAAUUCAUCAUUGAGAAAAUCAUCAAGAGAGGAAGUAGAAUUAGUGUCAUUCUCACCAGCAAGUGUGUUAGACAUUAAUGUUAAUGGAAUAUUAUUAUAUGGAGAGGGAUCAGAUUCAGAUCAGGAAGCAGAAACAAAAACAGAAGCAGAGGAUAGUAGAUUAAUAAAUCCAUUCGCAAGGAGGUGUCAUGAAGGAAAUUGGAUGGCAGCAAGACAACAGAGAGACAAUCAUUUUGAUUCUUCAGAAAAUUGGAUUACUGUUAGAUGAUAAUUGACAUGGAAAAAUUAAUCAUGAUCGAUGAUGGUCUGUACCACAUUCAAUUUUUUCAUGUUCAGAAAAUUUUGUCCAUAUAGAUUGCCUGUUCAAUGUACAGAUAACAUGCAGAGAGACAAAUAAUUACUCACCCUUCUUUUUUUUUUUUUUUUAACUUUUUUUUGGAGGGUCUGAAUUUAUUUAUUUAUUUAUUUUUUUGACAAAUGAAUUCUUGGAGUCACAUCU